CGAAGUUACACUUAAAACUAGUUUGGAAAUCUUUUUCCAAACCGUUUUUGGACUCCUGCAGGCAGCCUGAAAUAUAAAACAGGCGACACUGUCCGUGUUUCCAGUUGUACUGUCAAUACCUGUCAGUUUCAGCUUGAAAUGAAUGAGAGUGCAGAAGGGCACAACAGGUGUGCCAACGAAAACGGAUCUCUUCUUGCCUCCAGCUCCCCUCUUACGUCUGUCAGCCACAGCUCCACCCAAACAUGGCUGCCAGUUGAAUCACCUCUGCAGCCUCCAUGGAUGAAUGGUCAUCAGAUGAGGCAGGACCAGGACACUCAGGACCAUUAUGUUGACAUGCAGCCCAGUCCUCAGUCCCAUUUCUAUGAGGAACUCUACUGUGCUGGCCGGACCUCCAACACUCUGGUCCCUCUGGCCAGCGCUCUCCUGACCUCCCCUGGGCCGCAGGUUGAUGUGCUGAAACAAGGUUACCUGGGGAAGCAGGAGUGGAACCACAGAAAAUAUUUUGUCCUGAGAGCAGGAAGUCACACUGGGCUGAGCCGUCUCGAAUGGUACAAGAGCCGGGAGACGUUCACAGCGAUGGAGAAGUCUGCUGGUAAAGCUGCGCUGUUUGGAUCAAGCAAGCAAGGGGUGAUUUACCUGAGGUGCUGCAUCAGUGUGAGCCGGAGUGGCAGUUCCAGGAAAGGCCACACGGUGGCGCUAUAUGUCAAGGAUCAGACCAUGGUGCUAGUGGCAGAGGACCAGCAGGAGCAAGAAGAGUGGUACCUGGCUCUUAAGAAACUGAUGGAGGAGGAGCAGAGGGAUGAAGAGCAUGGAGGGUUAUAUGGAGAUGAUGACGGGUACUGCACUCUGCCCCCUGCUGCUUUCUUCAAAGAGGUGUGGCCCGUCACGGUGAAGCCCAGAAGUCUGGGCUAUUCCAAGUCUCUGGCGGGGGAGAGCCGGCUCUGCCUCACAGCUACGUCUCUCAUCUUGGUCAGAGUGGCAGCAUUCCGUGCUUUGCCAUCGGUUACAAUACCUUUGCUAAGUGUUCGGCGCUUUGGCCACUUGGAUGGUUUGUUCUUUUUGGAGCUUGGCAGGUCAGCACCAAACGGUCCUGGAGAGAUCUGGAUGGAAGCAAGAGAUCAAGGAAACACAGCAGUAGCUCAGCACAUUCAUGAAGUGGUUCGUGAGACAAUCAGGGCACAGCGAGUGCUUCCUAACUUCAGCUGGUCACCCACCUCCAGCCACAGUCAGCUUCAAACCCUUCUGGCUUCAAAAGGCAGCAGACCCAAAUACAGAGACAAGCAGGUGAAUGUGAGACCGCUUGGUUCUCGCCUGGCCCCCCGAAACCCUGAAAUCCAGACAAGUCCAACUAAACAUCACGGAGAUCCCUUCAAACCACACAAAGCAGAGCCUGAACCCUCUCUGAGCUCCACCUCACACCUCAGCCCUGUCAGAUCCCGUCACAGCUACAUGGCUGAGACCGGCAGCUACAUGAAGAUGAAGAUGGACCGUCAUCUCCCAGUGAAUAAGCUCCCAGCUGUGGUGACAGGGGACCUCCGCAGUGCUGGGAUAGAGGGCUGCAAACCGGGUGAGGAAGGGCCGGAGUACAUGAUGAUGUCGCCACUGGUGAGCCACAGCUCGUCUGUGCUGCCUCAGGAUGAAUAUGUGGUCAUGGCGAGCCCACAGAAACACAACAAGCCAGCUUACCCUUUCCUUCGCACGUCAUUCAGUAGCUCCACCUCUGACAGCGACUCUCCUCUGCAGCUGCCACAUCACCAGACCAGUGAACACCGUCAGCCACACUGGCUGGCGACCUCACUCCAAGCGCCAAAAGCAGAUGCUGGCCAAUCACAGAUGAGCACCAGCUGCUAUACCCGACCACAGGAAGAUGUCUGGCAGGUGCAGACGUCAGCCGAGCAGAGACAACUCCCAGCACAGACCGGGGCCACUUCGUCUCCUGUGAGGAGUGUUGAUGGAUCUGGCGUGGUGACUCCAUUUGUCCCACGUGCACCAGGCUACACCAGGGCAGUUCAGGCUAGUCUGCACUCCGGUACAGGCAGCACCAGUCGACUCCAAGCUGCGUCAGAUCAAUCUGUGAGAAGAAACCGGCUGUGUUUGUUUCUGCCUUCUUGUCUGCAAACUAAGCACAGAUCCUGAGUGUUUGUUGAGAUAUUACAUCUGGUGCAGCAGGGCACAAAAAUUAAAACUUCAAGUUGAUGAAAGAGUUAUUGAAUCAAGUAAUUCAGUGUGACUGGAUCACUUGCAUGUUGCCCACUUGUUAUGGCAGUGCUCAUGCACAGAGACACUGGGGCUUUAAAGGUUCGAUUGAAUAUUAUAGUAUAUGUUUGAGAAAAUGAAGUUGUCUGACAAUAUUAGUGUCUGUGAAUGCACUCAGUGUUUGACCUCAGUUUUCCUCUUUUUGUCAAUGCUUUUUUUGUUCUCUUUUGGAGUGGAUUAAUGAAGCUUUGGGUUUUGCACAGCACUUGAAGACGCUCCACUGUUAUAUGAAAGAAUUCAAAGA